AUGUUAACAAUUGCAAGUCAUGAUCAACUGGAAAGCAAAGACGAAGCUCAUGAAGAAACGGGGUGGAAGCUGCUCCAUGGAGAUGUUUUCAGACCGCCUUUGAAUUUGGAAAUGGUUUGUGUCUGUGCAGGAUCUGGACUUCAGAUGCUUGGGACAACACUUGCAACAAUGAUCUUUGCGUUGCUAGGCUUCCUCUUCCAUUCCAACCUUGGGUUGCUCAUGACUGCCAUGGUUUUGCUAUGGCUUCUAAUGAGCUUCUUUGGUGGCUAUUCCUCUGCCCGUCUCCGCAGAAUGUUCAAGACCACAGAGUGGAAGAGGAGUGCCUUGAAAACAGCGCUCCUCCUUCCCGGUAUUCUUCUCUCAGUUUUCUUUGCAGUGAGCACUCUCAUUUGGGGUGAAAUAUUAUCUUCGGGUGUACCCUUUGGAACAAUGCUUGCACUUUCAAUCCUGUGGUUUGGAGUUUCUACUUUACUUCAAUGA